AUGCGGAGGACGGUGAGUGCUCCAGCCUGGGUCAGAGUAAGCCCAACGGCGGCCUACUACUCGUACCCUCAGAUCAAAGCAUACCAGAACCCAGCACGCGUCAGGCAGGGCCCGCUGGUCGUCAUGAAUCCUGAUCCGGGCUCCGAGGCGGAAAAGGUCCGCGAUGAGGCGGUUCGCGAGCUGGAGAGAGAAGACGGCCCAAUCAACAAGAUUGACUCCAACAACUGCGCGGCAGGAUCCGAAGCUGUCCCACAAGGAAAAGCUGGGGUGAUGGCAACUGGCCGAUUGACCAGAUCAUAUGGACAUCUCGUCGUCAACAGCCACAUUCCACGCCGAGGUUCCACAACUGCAACCCAGAAGAUGUCUUUCGACACGUACCAGACGCCUCUGGGCUCCAGAUAUGCCUCCAAGGAGAUGCUUCAGCUCUUCUCGGCCCGCUCUCGGGCCAGUACCUGGCGCCAACUCUGGCUGUGGCUGGCCGAGGCAGAGCAGGAGCUGGGAAUCGACCAGAUCACUCCCGAGGCCAUUGAGCAGCUGCGUGCCAAUCUCAUCAUGAGCGACGAAGCUUUUGAAGUCGCCAAGGAGGAGGAGAAGCGUCGCCGCCACGAUGUCAUGGCUCACGUCCAUGCCUAUGGUCAAGAUGCGCCCGCCGCUGCUGGCAUCAUCCAUCUGGGCGCCACAAGUUGCUUCGUGACGGACAAUGCCGAGCUCAUUUUCAUACAGAAGGGACUCAAGCUGCUUCUCCCCCGUCUUGCCAAGGUCAUUUCAAACCUCAGCCAAUUUGCCCUGAAGUACAAGGACAUGCCCACCCUCGCCUACACCCACUACCAGGCCGCACAACCCCACACCGUCGGCAAGAGGGCUGCCCAGUGGACCCAGGAUCUGUUGUUGGAUCUCCGCAACCUCACCCGCACUCUUGAGGAUCUCGAGUUCCGAGGUGCCAUGGGCACGACUGGAACGCAGGCUUCUUUCAUGGAGAUCUUCCAUGGGGACGGUGACAAGAUUGACCGCCUCAACGAGAUUCUCUGCGAGAAGGCCGGCUUCCCUUCCACCUACUCCGUCUCCACCCAGACAUAUACCCGCAAGGUCGACCUGAAUGUCGCUCAGGCUCUCGCAGGCCUUGGAGCAACCGCUCAGCGAAUCUGCACUGAUAUUCGCCAUCUGGCUAACCUGAAGGAGAUCGAGGAGCCUUUCGAGAAGGACCAAAUCGGAUCCUCUGCCAUGGCGUACAAGAGAAAUCCUAUGCGAUCUGAACGCAUUUGCUCUCUCGGCCGCAAGCUCGGCACCAUUUCCACGCCUUUUGUGGAGACAUACACAACUCAAUGGUUCGAGCGGACCCUGGAUGACUCUGCCAUCCGUCGAAUUGAUAUACCCGAGGCCUUCCUUUUGGCGGACGCCAUCCUGCUCAGCAUGGACAACGUCACCAACGGCCUCGUCGUCUACCCCGCUGUCGUCCGCGCCAACCUGAUGAAGGAGCUCCCCUUCAUGGCGACCGAGAACAUCAUCAUGAAGAUGGUCGCCAAGGGCGCCUCGCGCCAGGAGUGCCACGAGGAGAUCCGCGUCCUCAGCCACCAGGCCUCUCAGGUCGUCAAGGGCGAGGGCAAGCCCAACGACCUGAUCGAGCGUAUCCGCAACGCCGCCUACUUCGCGCCCGUCCACGACAUCCUCGACGAGGUCCUCGACCCGGCCCUUUACGUCGGUCGCUCCGCCGUCAUCGUCGAGCGCUUCGUCGCCAAGGCGCAGCAGGCUAUCACCCCUUAUGCUGAAUACCUUGGCAAGGCUGAGACUGCCCAGCUGUCUGUAUAA